CACACGCCACGCUAAGAACGAAGAUGAUUGUGUCGCGCUUGGCAUUUCCACUCCAGGCUGCAUUGCAGCAGGCCCGCAAGGCUGCAGGCAAACCCAGCAACAGCAUCAUCCAGCGUCGCCACAUGUCGAUCUAUUACCGUAGUGGAGCACUCAAGCCAAAACCCGAGGAGAUGCCAUUCGGACUGUUCGCCAUAUUUUGUGCCGUUAUACCAGGACUACUAAUUGGCGCCACCAUAAGCCAGAAUGUGGCCAACUUUUUGGAGGAGAACGAUCUGUUUGUGCCCUCCGAUGAUGACGACGAUGAGGACUAAAUCCAACCAAGCUUUCCCACUGACCAAGUGGGAGUCUGCCCUAGUCGGGAUGAGUAACCACAACCAAUGGUUGUUCAUCCUCUUUCGAAAAAACGUGCACUCAGCCAAAUGUUUAUUCAUCUAUUAGCUAUUUAUUCAAUGUAAAUCUCUACUCUUAAGAUCCCAAGUUAUGACAUUUUAUACUCUUGUUUGUAUUUACUUACCAAAUCCUGCUUUAAAAUGUUUCAAUGUUAUGUUCUAUGGAUAAUACCGAUACGCUGACGAAUGUUAGAUCAAUAAAUCAAGUUUAUUCAACUAUCAUAAUUAAAUAUUCCCCAAAAUAAUUGACAAUCUCCGUGGGCUAAUUAAAACAUAUGUACAUAUAUACCAUACCGCCCACAUACAUAUGCCGUUUCCCC